UUUUCAUUUCACUUUUCAUCAAGAACUCGAACACAGAAGAGGAGCGGAAAAUUUUAUUAAUUUAUUUUGAUAUUUUGAUAAAUGAAUAUAACAUACUGAAAACCACUCGAAAAAUUGAAGGAGUAAUCAAGAGUUCAACAUGGAUUCUGAUAAUCUAACUAAACAGACUGAAGAAAUUGAAGCUCUAAGUGCAAUAUACGGUGAUGAUUGGACCACUGAAAGUGAUAUUACAAAGUCCUUUUGUAUACGGAUAGAAGAAAGUAAAAAACAAGUUUUACUAUAUGUUACUAUGCCGUCAACUUAUCCUAAUUCAUCACCACCAAAAUACGAAUUGUCAGCUCCCUGGAUGGACAGAAAGGCUAAAGAAAAUCUCCUCCGUGCAUUGGAUGAAGUGUACUUAGAAAAUGUUGGAGAGACUGUCAUAUACCAAUGGGUAGAGAAAAUUCGAGAAGUCCUGCUUACCAUGAAGUCUCCGGAGCCAGUUAAGAAACCUCAGUCUCCAGUGGAAACUAUUAAUAUGGCACAGUUGGAAAUCAACUGCCCGCCAAUCACACAUGGAGAAGUUAUUAUGGAUAGGAAGAGCUCCUUCCAAGGUCACGCCGCUGAGGUGCACAGUAUAGAAGAUGUUAAAGCAGUGCUAGCAAAGCUGAAGCAAAACAAAAAGAUACAGAACGCGACGCACAACAUGUACGCGUACCGCAUUGAGCUGCCGCGCGGCUGCGUGCAGGACUGCGCCGACGACGGCGAGGCGCACGCGGGCGCGCGUAUGCUGCGCUUGCUGCGGCUGCUGGGCCAGGCGCGGGCGCUCGUCGUUGUCUCCAGAUGGUACGGCGGUAUACAACUAGGUCCUGAUAGGUUCCGUCACAUCAGCAACGCCACCAGACAGGUCCUACAACAAGCUGGCAUGUUGAAAAAAUGACGAUAGUUUAUAUACUACUACCAUUUUAAAUUUCAUACAGUUCGGCGUUCGGAAAAGCCACCAGCGGCUAUAGUGCGGUCAGGGUUGUCAAAAAUGAACGACGUUAUACUGAAAUUCAAACAUUUAUAUGAGACAAUAGGUCCACGUUUGUUAGUGACAAUUAAAAGUUUAAAAGUAUGUAUUGUCUCUUUCUGUCUAUGGCAAACAUUUUUAUUAAUAACGGGGUAUGUAUACAUGUCCUUUCAUUAAAGUUAGUAUUUAAUUAAAGUAUAACUUUAAUUAAAUACUAAUUUUUACUUAAUGCUUAAAGGUAUUAGACCUUGUCGAUUAUCAUAUGCAGGAUAAUAUUUUUCCAAAAGUUGCAACCCUUGAUAUAGCUCCCAACGCUAUAUAGCUUGAGUUUAUUACUAUUAUUAUUUUUUAAGGGACUUACUUUAAAUGUUCGUAUGAUAUUCCAGAAGCAUUAUUACACUAUGAAAAAUCACAAUUAUCUUAAUUUCUAUUAUAUGUAGAGCAUACAUAUUUUUUAAAAAAAUUCUGACCUUUUAUCUACCUUCUCGACGGUAGGUACUAGCUAUUGUUGUAUAUAGAGUUGUGAAUGUACAGACUUAACGUUUUUAUUUUGUGUUGUAGUGCAAAUAAUACAUUUAGUUUAUGGUUUUAAUUAAUCUGUUAUGUUGUGUAAGUACGUAAAGGAAUUAACAUAGCUACAUUGUUUUUUUUGUUUCAUGUCUAUCUUCGCGGAGUUUGCAUAAAAUAAUCGAGCGACUAAAAAUUCCUGUCAGAGCGCCAAUUUGAAUAGAUCCGACUCCAAUAUAUCUAUAUAUAUAUUCAUCAUUUCAUUUCAUAUAUAUAUUAUUAAAAAAAUAAAGAAAAAUUUGUUAGGUAUAAAUGAAGUAGGUUAAUCAAAGAGGAACAUGGAAAAAAUGCUGUUAUUCCCUUACUUUUUAUGAUACUACACUAUGUCUAUAAAGCGUAGAAAAAUAUUUUUUGACAAACUACUUUUUUUCAUAAUUUCAAUACCAAAUCGCAUGGUUGUGAUUGGCUGGUAAGAAAAACAGGUAAGAAAACGUAGUUCCUCAUUUAUUUUCUACUCUCUAUAGACAAACUGUACAUAAUAAUCUAAUUUCGAUUUUGAAAAUGACUGUCCCAACUCAAGAUCUACUAAGGUUUCUGUACUCAUUAUGGUGUCUGUGAUUGUGCAUUUUGUAUAAUAAUAAUAAUUACAAGGCACGUGUGCCUUAUAUUUAUAUUGUGACACGUUUUUUAGAUAUGUACGAUUUGUAAUCUGGAUAUCUCAUGAAAAUAUGUUUAGAAGUUCAGUGUCCAUUUAUCCUUUUUCCGUAGUGGGCCGUAUGCAUGUCUGUCAUGUAGUAAUGUAGACGAUAUGAUAGUAAUUGUAUCCAUGGUGUUUUUUUAAAGUUAGCCAGUAAAAUUAUCGCAGUGUAAUGGGAAAUAUAAAUUUUUCGUCGUCAUUAAAGGAGAAAAAUGGGUACACAAUUUUCUAAAUAAAAUAUAAGUCUAAGUACUAAGCGUAUUGUGAUAAUUAGUCUAAUGUUUAAUGCCGGCUCCACACUGUCAUCGAAUUAUCGGUAUACAUUGCUGGUUUUUCCAUCGCGGCAACUAAAACCACUCGUACUAACUACGCAAUGUUCACGCAUUCGCGUCGGCGUGUGUCCGGCGUUCGGCGACAGCGUGGCGCUGGCAUAAAAAAUAUUGUAUAAAUACAUCUUAAAGUCCGUCAAGAAAGUGAAAACUAAAAACAUUUAGCUCUUCAACUACAUUUUUUUUGCAUCAAAUACAAUGGUCAAGAUUGGUUGAUAAACACCCAGUGUUGCCAGACAACAGGAUACAGCGCGCUCAUAUAAUUUCUUCACUUUCAUGACGGACUACCUUUCAUAUGAAGCCAAAUUGUUGUUAGCGCAAUGAAAAAUAAAUAUGUCUAUCAAAAUACGUGUAUAACCAUUAAUAACUGUUCAAUAGAUAUAGGUAAAAUUAAAUAUGUAAAUCUUGUUUUAUUUAA